UGACGGCGCGUCCCGGCCGUCAGCUGAUAAAAGUCUCCUGUUGAUCGGCGAGCAGCACAAACAGCUCAGUCAUUGUCGAGUCUCUGAAUCUGUCCGGCUGCCACAAUGAGGAGCGGAUUCCUGUGUGUGUUGGCGGCGAUAUUUCUGACCACCGACGGUCUGGUCCGAAUUCCCUUAAAGAAAUUCCGUUCUAUCAGACGUGAGCUGACCGACUCGGGAAAGACGGCCGAGGAGCUUCUGGCCAGCACACACUCCCUUAAGUACAACUUUGGCUUCCCCUCCAGCAACACUCCCACUCCAGAAACCCUGAAGAACUACCUUGACGCCCAGUAUUAUGGUGAGAUCAGCUUAGGGACCCCUCCUCAGCCCUUCACCGUGGUGUUCGACACCGGCUCCUCCAACCUGUGGGUUCCCUCGGUCCACUGCUCCAUCCUGGACAUCGCCUGCUUGCUACACCACAAAUAUAACUCUGGCAAAUCCAGCACAUACGUGAAGAACGGCACCGCCUUCGCCAUUCAGUAUGGCAGCGGCAGUUUGUCAGGAUACCUCAGCCAGGACACGUGCACCAUCGCAGGCUUGUCGGUGGAGAAACAGCUGUUCGGGGAGGCCAUCAAGCAGCCCGGCGUGGCCUUCAUCGCCGCCAAGUUCGAUGGGAUCCUCGGCAUGGCCUACCCACGCAUCUCCGUGGACGGCGUGGUUCCAGUGUUUGACAACAUCAUGAACCAGAAGAAGGUGGAGAAGAACGUGUUCUCCUUCUACCUGAACAGGAACCCCGACACUGAGCCCGGCGGCGAGCUGCUGCUCGGAGGAACCGACCCCAAGUAUUACAGCGGCGACUUCCACUACGUCAACAUCAGCCGCCAGGCCUACUGGCAGAUCCACAUGGACGGGAUGGCGAUCGGCAGCCAGCUGAGUCUGUGCAAAGGCGGCUGCGAGGCCAUCGUGGACACCGGGACGUCUCUGAUCACUGGCCCCUCAGCCGAGGUCAAGGCCCUGCAGAAGGCCAUCGGAGCUUUCCCUCUGAUCCAGGGAGAGUACAUGAUAAACUGCGACAAGAUCCCGUCGCUGCCCGUCAUCACCUUCAAUGUGGGCGGACAGAGCUACAGUCUGACAGGAGAGCAGUACGUCCUCAAGGAGACUCAGGCUGGAAAGACGAUUUGUCUGAGCGGCUUCAUGGGCCUGGACAUCCCCGCCCCCGCCGGGCCGCUGUGGAUUCUGGGAGACGUGUUCAUCGGCCAGUACUACACCGUGUUCGACCGCGACAGCAACAGGGUGGGCUUCGCUAAGUCCAAAUGAGCACAUCCUGCACCCGAGUGUCAUGUUCAAGCUUCAAAAUCUGAGCUGCACACGUUUUCUGUUGCUUUGCAAUCAAACCGUAUUUAGCAAUAGACUUUGUGUAGAGCCUAAAUGCACUGAUCUGAAGAAUUUUUACCAUUUGUGACAGCGUGAGAGAAACAGAUUGUGGACCUGGUGGUUGUGUGAGUUUAUAUGAUCAGGGAUCAGCGGAUUGUGGUGGUACUGCCCUUUUCAAACAUCCAAGUGAUCUUUUUUUUUUUUUUCCUUUUUUUUUUUUUUUAAAUCAGGGAUUUGUUGUAAAAGAGUACUUUGAAUUAGGUUUUUAGAAUGAAUUUGGUCUUCGACUAUUAAUACGACUGUAUUAACAUGAUUGGCGUCAAUAAACUGUUUUUGAAAGAAAAUGUGUUACUGUGUUGUGUAGCUUUGAUGAAUGAAUCUGAAGAAGUUCUUCAGCAUGUUGAUUCUCAGAGCUGAAUGAUGUGAAGCCACAGAAAGCCGCUGCUUGGCUCAGCUUAGCAACAAAUAUUGUUCAAAGGUAACACAGUUUACCUGCCGGCACACCUGACCAACAUGCCGUCUCAUUUAUUCCACACAAAUGUAAACUGUUCUGGUUGAGGUUUUAUGUGGAGUCAGGCUGUAAUUAUUUUUGUUUGCAGUUACUUCCUGGAGUCUCUCUUGGAUUUCUUUAAACCUCGUGGUGACAACAAAACUUCCAGGCUCAGAAACAGUCCGGCACAUAAUCCACCGUUAAACCCCAGCCUGUUGUUCCACUGCUGCUGUUGUAUGGAUUAAACAAACGAGAUGUAGCAUGUUAAUAACUGAGCUUUAGAAGGUCCUGGUUGGCAGCGUUUGUUACCUUUUAAAGAGACAGUUUGGUUUCUUUGAAUCGGGGUUGUAUGAGGUUCUUAUGCAGAGUUUUGAGAAACAGAGUGGACAGGAAGCAAUGAACUGAGUAAACAGCAAAACAUUUUAACCACUGAAAACCAUCAGUAUCGGUUUAAAUGUACACUAUGUUUAGAAUAUUAUCACUUCAUCUUCAGACAGCCUUCUUUUUCGGCACUACAUGUUCACAACUGUAGAACUUCUGUAUACUGAUCUCAUAAUACACAGCAGAGCAUUGGUGUAUUUACCUGUCUUAACAUUAAAUUAAAUAAAAAACAAAA